GGUCGCCAUCUUGGUUGUCCUGUGAGCGGCUCAUGUGGCGGGCGCGGGUGUCCGGUGUCGGCCGGCUUAUUGUGUGUCGGUCAGGGCGGCCCCACGGCGGUACCGCACGGUGUCCGGGAAGACCUCGCUCGGCAGGCGCGGGGGGACAUGCUGCGCUCGGCCUGCAGUACCCGCGAGCGGACACUGGGGGGAGCCCGAGAGACAGACACCAGCAGGCUGAGAGCCACAGACUGAACUACCUGCAUUCUACCACUGGGGGGAGCCCGAGAGACAGACACCAGCAGGCUGAGAGCCACAGACUGAACUACCUGCAUUCUACCACUGGGGGGAGCCCGAGAGACAGACACCAGCAGGCUGAGAGCCACAGACUGAACUACCUGCAUUCUACCACUGGGGGGAGCCCGAGAGACAGACACCAGCAGGCUGAGAGCCACAGACUGAACUACCUGCAUUCUACCACUGGGGGGAGCCCGAGAGACAGACACCAGCAGGCUGGUAGCCACACUUGGCUGGAUGGUGGUCCUGCGCUUGCUCUUGCCCUCCUGGCAUAUUGUUACAGAAAGGAGGACAAGGCAGAGGGUGAGACACUUCUGGAAGCAGCCAGACUAGGAAAUGUCCCUGAGCUGGACAGGCUACUGUCACACAAGGUGGAUCCCAAUGUGCGGCACAAGCUCGGCUGGACGGCCCUGAUGGUGGCAGCUAUUGGCCGAAACCAAAGCAUUGUCCGGUCCCUGCUACGAGCUGGUGCUGAUCCAAACCUUGGAGAUGAAUUCUCUAGCGUUUACCAAGCUGCCAAGGAGAAGAACAUGCACUCCUUAGAAGUUUUGGUGAUCCGGGAAGACGAGUUCAGUAAUCGACUCAACAACCGCGCUAGUUUUCAGGGCUGCACUGCGCUGCACUACGCUGUCCUGGCUGAUGAUUACGCAACAGUCAGAGAGUUGCUGGAGGGAGGUGCCAAUCCUACACAGAAGAAUGAAAUGGGGCACGCUCCGCUGGACUAUGCCCGGGAAGGGGAAGUGAAGAAACUGCUGAAGACCUGGGAGAGCAAGUUCCAGGAGCAGCUCAGGAGAAGAGAACUGGAAGAGAGAAGAAGAUUUCCUCUGGAAUUGCGUCUCAGAGAGCAUAUUGUGGGCCAAGAAAUGGCCAUAAGUACAGUGGCCGCAGCCAUCCGCAGGAAGGAGAACGGCUGGUACGAUGAAGAGCAUCCGUUAGUCUUCCUCUUCAUGGGGUCGUCUGGUAUAGGCAAAACCGAGUUGGCAAAGCAAACCGCACGAUACCUACACAAGGACCUGAAGAAGGGCUUUAUCCGCAUGGACAUGUCCGAAUUCCAGGAGAAGCACGAGGUAGCUAAGUUCAUUGGUUCCCCGCCUGGCUACGUAGGGCAUGAAGAAGGUGGCCAGCUGACCAAGAAGCUGAAGCAAUGCCCGAAUGCGGUUGUUCUCUUUGAUGAGGUGGACAAAGCCCACCCUGAUGUGCUCACUAUAAUGCUCCAGUUAUUUGAUGAGGGCCGUUUGACGGAUGGGAAAGGGAAGACUAUUGAAUGUAAAGAUGCCAUCUUUAUCAUGACUUGUAAUGCUGGGAGUGAUGAGAUUGCCCAGCAUGCUUUGCAGCUGAGGGAGGAGGCCCAGGAGAUGAGCAGGAAGAAGUUUGCUGAGAAUUUAGAUGACAUUCAGACAAGUGAGAAGAUAACGAUUUCUAAGCAGUUCAAGGAGAACGUCAUCCGGCCCAUUCUGAAGGCUCACUUCCGGAGAGAUGAGUUCCUAGGACGCAUCAAUGAAAUUGUCUACUUUUUGCCUUUCUCUCGCUCCGAACUCUUCCAACUUGUUACCAAAGAGCUCAACACAUGGGCCAAGAAGGCCAAGCAGAGACAUGAUAUCACGCUGCUGUGGGACCGCGAGGUCAUGGAUGUUCUUGCAGAUGGAUACAAUGUGCACUAUGGUGCUCGGUCUAUAAAGCACGAGGUGGACAGGCGGGUAGUUAACCAGUUAGCUGCUGCCUAUGAGCAAGAUUUGCUGCCCCACGGCUGUACAAUCCGGAUUACGGUGGAUGAUUCUGAUAAAUCUCUCCUGAAAGGCGGAGGUCUGGACAAGGAGAAGGACAACACUGGCAGAAAGGGUCCCAGGCUGCGUCUGGAAAUUGUAGAGCAAGGCAGCAAGAACCGAAAACUGGAUAUUCAGGAGCCACUUAGUCCAGAAAACGUGGCUUUCUGAACCCAGAAGAGACUUACAGAUCAUCACUCAUACAUUUGGAUCCCAG